UAACUAGGUCAGGCGUUUUGUUAUUCGUGCUACGCAUGACUGCACCCACACAUACACACCACAGAGUGCCCAGCCCAACCCUAGAUCUACUCAUUCAGCAACAGCCAAACUACUGCACAACAGUCGAAGUUACGCGAAACUGAAGCAAGAUGGAGUUGAACUGUGGAUUAAAAUGCCUUAAAUACCUCCUGCUUGCUUUUAACUUGAUAAUAUGUAUCGUCGGUAUAGCCGCUUUGGUCGUAGGUAUUGUGUCGAUGGUCGGAGACAGCAAUCUAUUUAGCCUGCUGAAACUGUCACUCGACCAAUCCACCCUAGUCCAGUCGUCGUCUGUGAUUAUCAUCGUUACUGGCGUUAUUCUGUUCCUUAUCGGGUUCAUUGGUUGCUGCGGUGCCUACAAAGAAAGUGUGUGCAUGCUGGGAAUCUAUGCUGCUGUUGUUAUCAUCAUCAUCAUCAUUGAAAUAGCUGGUAUUGCUGUAGCAGCUGCAUUCCAAUCAAAGGUGACCUCUGAACUGAAGAGCGGUCUAAAGAAGCACAUUAUGGAAGAUUAUGAUGGGACUGGUGCCAUGGACACCUUCACCUUCUUUGUCGACCAAACACAAGUCCAGUUUGACUGCUGUGGUGUUGACAGUUACACAGAGUUUGUUAAUGCAACCAAGUGGAACAGAGGGAAUGCCACAAUUCCUCUCUCAUGCUGUAUACUUACAAACAAAGAUGAUUACCCAGAGAAUCCAUCGAAAGCAACAGCCAAGAACCAAACAUGUCAGCAGUCUCCUGAUUCAACCAACUCUAACAUCAACAAGUCCUGCUAUAACUCUAUUAAGGACUUCGCCAUGAAUAACGCCAGAAACAUCAUCAUUGUUGGUGUAGUCGUCCUGAUUGUCGAGGUGAUCUGCUUCAUCAUUGCUGUAUGUCUGUGUAACAGACUGAGGAAGGAUGGUGACGCUUAGAUACCCAACACCAGUAGUCUCCCCUUCAUGAUUGCAUAGAGACUUAUCGGGUUGUCUCCCUUUAACCAACGCCUCUUGAAAAUACCAUGUUUCAUCAUAUGUUUUUUGGUAGAAAUUUAUAAAAAUUCAAAUAAUGAACUGUUUUUGCUGUGAACUAUUCAUCUAAUUUUUGGCAAUUAAAAGGAAAUAUACCUUUUGAUAAUUAAGUCAUCAUAUUCAUAUAUGAAAUAAAUUUCAUCUAAAGAGUAUUAUGAUUUUUUUUCUAGAGAAAAUACUCACACGGGGAACCUGGUAAUCAGCAGAACCCAGUUUGAAUCUCAUUGUCAUGUCUGAAUAUCUGUAUUUGAUGAGAUUUUUUGUACAUACUAUAUCCCUUUUUAGCUGUUUUUUUCUAGAUCCUUAUACAUUUUCCAUUUCAUUUACAUAUAUGUUGUUAUACUGGCCAUAAUUAUUGUUACGAUAUUUAGAAUCCUCCUGUUGACGAGAAUUUAUUUGUUCUCUGUAUUCAUGUUUAUUCAAUAUACAGUUGUGUUGAACACCCAACAGAUACACCUGAACCUAAACUACAUCAGUCAUGUUACCAUGACAACCACACCUAAACAUGGUUCGUUGAUGUAGUAACAAGGUUACUAUAGUAGUAACAUAGUUUGUUGCUGUGUUACUAUCAUGGUGACAAGGUAAUGAUAGAGUUAUUUGUUACUUGACUUUUAAGUGCAAUGUCUACGCAAACAGUUUAUUGUUUCAUAUUCCUACUCUUUUAUACAUUUCUUCAACCAUAAUUUUAUCACAAUUUUCUUGUAUUUUUAGAAAUAAGUUAAUGUUUUGCAAAUAUUCAAUUUUCUUUUGUUGGCCAUGUUAGGUUCUUUUUGUAAAGAGCAAAUCUUUAAAUUACAGUGUUGUAGAAUCCUAACCAAGAUCAAAGAUUUAAAUUUGAUAAUUUCAUUUUAUUUUUUCUUGGAAGGAUUCCUCCUCCUGUUGCUCAGUGUUAUAGUGUUAGUUAAUACCUAAUUGUAGUUUUUUAAAAAAUGAAGUUGUUGCAUUCUGCCAUAAAAAUGCAUGGUUAUAUUUUUCAAAGGUUGAAAGUUUUAAACAAAUAUUUUUGUUGAAUUUUAAAUGCAUAAUGUUGUAGUAGAAUCGUAUUUCUUGCCAGAAUAAAUCAAAACUGUACUCCAGUUUCUGUUUUAAGGGAGAUAACUCGUAUUGUAAACUGUAAGGGAGAUAACUCGUAUUAAAUUGUAAUGUGUUCAAAAUCUAUAUUAAUACUUUUUAUAUUAUACAGCAAAUUUGUUUCUUAAAAGUUUUCCCCCAUUGUGCCUUUAUAUAUUCAGCUAACUAGUUCAUUUCGAAAACUCCAAAAUGGAGCAAGGACUGUGAUGUCAAAACUCACCUCAAAUUGUUUUACUCCUCUUUUCUUGAUGAUAAAGGAUAUCAAUACCUAUAACCUUUAUUUAUUUUCCCAUUACAGGUCAUACUGAUCUCUUAAUCUAGUUAUAUUUUAAUAUGUAUAGGAUGUAGAACAAAAUAAAAUUAUAAAAAAUUUCAA